UAUUAACUUGACAUGAUUUAUUUAUGAAUUUAAUAAAUGCAAUAAUAAGUUGAAAUUAAAAUACAUAACAGUUCAAGUUUUUUUUAUUUUACACGUAAUAAUAAUUUCAAUGUACUCCACGUGUAUUAUCUAAUGUAAUCUUAACAUUAAGUUUUUUAUAAAAUAUUAUUGUCAACAUAUUUACAAAAAAGUUUAUCAGGUAGUUUUAAUGAUAACUGAAAUCAUAUAUAAAUGAUGGUAGAAACAAUGAGACAGUACAGUUGUCUGUGUAUCUGCAGAUUGUAUAAUAUAUUAUUAAAUAAUAAUUGAAAGAAUUAUUCAUUCAAGAUGAAACUGUUUAUCAUAUCAACAAUGCUAUUUGCAUUGUCUGCUGGUUUGAUAUUGCCAAAUCAAGAAAAUAUUAGAUCAAGGCGUUCAUUAAUUGGUGGAAUAAUUGGUGGUUCUGGAAAUGGUAAUGUUGGUGGAGGUAUAGGUGGUGGUAUUGGUGGUAUUGUUGGAGGAGUUGGUGGUAUUAUUGGUGGUGUUGGUGAUAUCGUUGGUGGUAUUGCUGGAAUCUUAAAAAGUCUUGGUGAUAUUACUGGAGGUCUUGCUGGAAAUAUCAAAGACAUAAGUGGUAAUAUUGGAGCAAUUGCUGAAGGUGGUCUUACCAUAAAUAUUCAGGCACAGUUAUCUGUUUCUUUAACAGCUGUAAAUUCACAGCUUGAUAAUACUGUUAAAUUAAUUAAUCAAUUACCUGCAUCACUAACUCAAGCUCAAGUUGCCAAAGUUAAUGAUGUCGUUGCUGUUUUAAUUAAAUUACGUCUAACAUUAGUUGAUGCACGUCAACAAGUUAACAAUGUUUCAGCUGAUAAAAAUAAUGAAUUAAUUGUACAAAUUAAUUUGUUAAUACAAAAAAUUGAUGUAACAAUUAAGACAAUUAAAACUAAAGUACCAAGUGCUAAUGUACCUGUGAUUGGAGCUGGUGGCAGUGAUAGUGGAAGUUCAUCUUCAGGAGGUAAUGAUGAUGGUUCUUCUGAUAAUGGUACUGGAGAAGACAAUUCACUCAUUCAUGAAAUUGCAACAGCUGUGAAAGCAAUUCUUCGUGGUGCCAAAGGUGUUUCUAGUGGUACUGCAACAGCUGAAGAAAAAGCACAACUUGUAGCUGCUAUAAAUACUCUUGAGGUUCACUUAAACCAUGUAUCUGAUCUUGCUAAUCAAAUAAAUACACCUGUUACUCCAUCUGAGGCUGCUAGAAUUCAAGUUGGCCUUAAAAUGGUAGCUAAAUUACGUCUUGCACUUGCAAUGUCACAUCAAAAACUCAGUAAUUCAGCUAGUGCUUCUGCAAAUGCAGAUGUUAUUGCAAGUAUUCAAGGUUUGAUUCAAAAACUUGAUGGUAUUUCUGCAACUCUUUCUGAUAAAAUUUUACCAGUUGGUGGUUCAGGAAGUGGUACAGGAAGUGACGGUGGAAUUUCUGGCGGAAUAAUUGGUGGUAUUGGCGGUGGUAUUGAUAUUGGUGGUAUUAUUGGUGGUGCUGGAAGCACUGAUGAAGACAAUUCACUUAUUCAUGAAAUUGCCACAGCUGUUAAAGCAAUUCUUCAAGGUGCCAAUGAUGUUUCUAGUGGUACUGCAUCAGCUGAAGCAAAAGCACAACUUGUAGCUGCUAUAAAUACUCUUGAGGUUCGUCUAAACCAAGUAUCUGAUCUUGCUAAUCAAAUAAAUACACCUGUUACUUCAUCCGAGGCUGCUAGAAUGAAAGUUGGCGUUAAAAUUGUUGAUAAAGUAGGUCUUGCACUUGAAUUGACAAACCAAAAACUCAGUAAUUCAGCCAGUGCUUCUGCAAAUGCAGAUAUCAUUGCAAGUAUUCAAGGUUUGAUUCAAACAGCUGGUGGUAUUUCAGCAACUCUUUCUGGUAAACUUUCAUCAAGUUCAUCAGGAAGUGGAUCAGGAGGCUCAUCUUCAGGAAGUGAUGGUAACAUUUCUGGUGGAAUAAUUGGUGGUAUUGGUGGUGGAAUUGAUGGUAGUAUUGACAUUGGAGGUAUCAUUGGUGGUGGAAUUGAUGGUGGUAUUGACAUUGGAGGUAUCAUUGGUGGCAAUCCCAGUUCCAACAAUGAAAUCAUUCAAAGUAUCGCUGUAACUAUCAAAGAAGUUCUUGCAAAUGCAAAUGACGUUACUACUGGUGGUUCUGGAUCAGCUGAUGCAAGAUUAAAACUUUCAAAUGCUCUUAAUGCAUUAAAUGCUCUCUUAGACAAAAUUCAAAAUCAUGCACAACAAAUUUCAACACCUAUAUCUCCAGCUGAUGCUGCCAGAGUUGAAGUUGCUAUUUCUUUGUUAAAAAAAAUUCGUGCUGUUCUUGUUGCAACAAAAGCAAAACUCAGUAGCACUGGUGCUGCAGGAGAAAAUGCCGAAUUAAUAUUAUCAAUUGAAGCAUUAAUUACAAAGCUUGAUGAUACUGAUUUAAUUUUAACUAAUAAAUUAAAUAAUGAUAAUGGUAAUAAUGGAGAAGAAGUUUCUACAAUUGAAAAAAUAACUGUCACUCUUCGAGAAAUUCUUGUAACAAGUAAACUCAUUGCUGCAGGUAAAGCAACUGAAAAUGAUAAACAACAAUUAACAACAUCAUUGGCUAAUCUUGAUGCUAUUCUUGUUGUUAUUUCAAAUAAAGUUGAUGAAAUAUCAUCACCACCAAGUCCAGCUGAUGCUUUAAAAGUUAAACUCCUAACAAUUUUAUUAUUAAAAAUAAAAGGUGCUCUUACAUUGUCAGGUAAAAUUCUUAUAACAGCACCAAAUGCUGGUGAAAAUGUUGAUGUUAUUGCUGCUUUAUCAAAUGCCAUAAAUAAAGUUAAUAAAAUUGAAGCAACACUUGCAAGUAAAUCAAAUGGAGAAACACCAGUUGACGCUGGUAACUCUGAUGACAAAAAUGAAGUUUGUAUUUGUGGCAAUACUCCACUAACAGAAGCUAUCAAUGCAGCAUAUUUAUUGACAAAAGUAUCAACAUUAACUCAACAACUUCCAAGUCAUUUAAAUAUUUUACAAGUUGGACAAGUACAAACAGCAGUUAUUGCAUUGAGUUCAGUUAGAGCAACACUUGUUGAUCAACUUGAAAAAUCAAUUGGCUCAAAACAAGGUGAAAAUACUAUUAAAUUAGUUGGUGGUUUGAUUGGACAAAUUGAUGCAACACUUGCCACACUCAAAGCCAAAGUACCAAGUGGAUCACUUGGUAUUUCAACAUUACCACAAACUAUCACAAUUUUAGGCAUUCCAAAUGUUCUUCAAGAGACAGUCAACACUUUGUCAUCAAUUAAAAAACAAUCUGCAUUAAUUCGUUGAGAUUAUUUUAUGUAGAAACAACAGCAUAUUGUUUUUUUUUUUUUUUCUUUUUUGAUGAAAUAGCUUUUAAUAUAUAUAAUAUAUGUUAAAUAAUGUACAUGUAUUUUUCACAAAAUAAAGUAGAGAUUGUUUGAAUGCAUUUAUUAUUUGCACUUUAUUGUCAUUGAUUUUUUUUUUAAAGUUAUUAUUGUCUAAAGAUGAUUUUUAAAAUUUUUCAUUUACUUUUUUUGAUAUAUAAUGUUAAGCACAUUGAUUAUCUUUUUUAUAUGUUAAUAUUGACACUUUUAUUUUUUUUAUUUUUAUUGUCAUUGUGUCAUUGUAUACAUGAAUAUAUUUUAUAAAUUGUAAUUAUAUAUUCAUUUAUUUAUUUAAAGAGCAAAUUUAGUUUUAGAAGAAAUUACUAUUUUAUUUUACAU